AUGCGCUUGUCUCUGAUCCACAUCGCUCUUGCUUUGGUUGGCGUGUCCGCUGAGCCGAUCGCUAUUGGGAGGCGCGAAGCCAAGGGUAAAGAGCCCGUUUCAGCUCAAUUGAGCUCCCAGAACGGCACCUACCAUUUCCUGGCAAAGCGUUUCGACGACUGUCGCUUCACCUACUACGCAGCUGGCCUAGGUGCAUGCGGGCACACGAACACCGACAACGACUUCAUCGUGGCCUUGAAUGCAGCUCAAUACUCGGGCGGGAGUCAUUGUGGCCAGACCAUCACUAUAUCCUAUAAAGGCAAGACCGCCCAAGCCAAAAUCAUGGACUUGUGCCCUGGCUGCCCAUUCGGUGGACUAGAUUUGACCCCUGCCUUAUUCGGGUAUUUCGACAGCCUUGACAAGGGCGUCAUCACAGGAUCAUGGGUAUUCGGCGCUGGCGGCGAGGCCAAGGCAGCUGUAGUAAAAGCGACAACGACUUCGACUCCCAAGCCCAAGCCCACCACCACGUCUACAUCGACACGACGAACAACAUCGACUACCCCCACUUCUACACGGACUACGGCCACUACGUCAACUCAAGCAUCCACUACAUCCCGCACCGCCGUUCCCACCACAUCUACGACUUCUACCUCGACAUCGUCGACGUCGACCACGCCUACGACCACCGCCAGUAGCAAUGUAGCUGGAGCCGUUGCCAAACCCCAGGUUUCCUCCCUCAUUGAUGUGAUCAACGCAGCCGUAAUCAGCCUCGGCCAACUCGCGGUUGCAGCUGUUCGGGCCAACAACUAA